AUGUACGAGACGCGGGGUGGCACCAGUAUCGCGAUUGCAUCGGAGAGCAAACAAGCGGGUGGGGGGCGGGGGCGCGCUCAAAUCAUAUUACCCCCGGUCUCACACCCGGCGUCCCACACACGUCAUUUGAGUGUGCGUCGCCAUGGCACCUCAUUAGAGCGCGUCCCAUGUGAGCCUACCCACCCCACCCCAAAGGGGGGGCUCGCCUCCCCACACAUACAAAGGAGAGCAAUUCUUUUCCUGAGCUCGCAAACUUGGAUGGAUAAUUACAGUUAG